UGCUUAUCGCAAUUUCAGCUAUUUUUCGAUACUUUCCAGCCAGAAACGGCUCUUCUUUCCUCUAAAAAGUUGACAGCACUGGAUUCGCCCAACUUAACAGAGCUGGGAAGAACGUCAUGUCGAAUUUGGAAUGGGCUUGCGCGCCUCGGUGCUAUCAGGUGACCAAAAAUCACUUACGUAGCUAUGCAACGCAGGAACAUCCGCUUAAGCAACAGUCUGUUAGCGCUGCGGCUGUGGACAACAAUCCGCUGAGCUUGGCCUUGGCACUGGAAGGAACUGACCCGUUGUCAAAGUUUGCGCGCCAGGAGCAAGAACUGAACGAUCCGUUAAGUCAAAUGGCCAACGAGUUUUCGCUUAUAUCAAAGCGUAACAAUACAGCUGAGCCCGAGGAUAAUACGUUGAAUUGGAGCACUCGACGCUUAGGCAUAUUGAAUCGUUUUACCACCAAUGAAAAGCUCUCGCUGUCGACCAGCUUUCUCUGCACCAGCAGCACGGAGGGCGGUGGGGAGAACUUCAAAGCACAGACAGUAGUCGCAGACAAAGUCAAGUAUCGGCUGGAGCAGUUGGAUCAUUUCGAUGAUGGCAGCAUGCGACACAUGAUGGACCUAACGCAGCAGGAGUAUAUCCAGCGGUUUGACCAACUAAAACAGGAGCUCAUCCAAUCCUGGCACAGUGAUCAGCGGGUCAAGGCCCUCAAAAUAGCCAUACAGUGCGCCAAAAUGCUCUCCGACACCAGCGUGCUACAUUUCUAUCCCAGUCAGUAUGUGCUCAUCACGGACAUCCUCGAUGUAUUUGGCAAGCUGGUUUACGAGCGUUUACGUGCCAAGGCGGCAGGGGCGCCAGGUGCAUCGGCAACGACGCUCCAGCGGGAACGAGAAGCUGCGCGCGAUACCUGCCAGAAUUGGUUUUAUAAGAUUGCCUCCAUACGUGAGUUGCUGCCGCGUCUUUAUUUGGAAAUGGCCAUCUUCAAGAGCUAUGAGUUUCUGACUGCCUCGCAGCACGAAAUUGAGCAAGUGCUGCUCCGCCUGUCCAGUCAGCUACGUGGUAUUGCUGAUCCCCUUGUGUCCACCUAUGUGCGUUGCUAUUUAGUACGCGUUGGUGUGCCCGUUACCUCCAGCAAGUUGUACAUCCGCGACAACUUUAACGACUUGUUCAUUAUGUAUCCACAGAUCUUUCGCUUGGUGGCUCGAUACAACUUGCAUCCGGAGAUAAUCACGGCCAGCGCCUAUUUACAACUUUAUGCGCCAGCUCUAGACUUUAUGCUGCAGUGUCUCGUCUACAAAUGCGAGCUGUACGCACAGGAGAUGCUCGGGGAGUGUAAGCAGUUGAAGAAUAACGGCGCUGUACUUUUGUCCAUUCUCAACUCAUCCAAAGGGGAGUUCAUUGCCGCACAUGCUCAGGAGAUUUUGGAGCUUAUCAAUAAUUGCGAUACGCCUGGAAUUUCCAAAUCUCAAUUGCUACGACCACUGGGAAGUUGUGUGAGCAGUUGUGCACCGUUACAGGAGCAGCGUGUGCCUUUCCUGAAUGCCGCCUUUCAAAUCAUUAACACGCUCACUGAUCCCAAUGAAUACAUCAACUGUGUUGAAACCUGGACACCAUUUGUAGCGCAGUACUUUACAAUUCACGAGGUAAACCGAUUGCUGGGUGAACUCAAUUCUCGAAUGUGCCUGGGCAAGGCCUAUGAGAAGCACUAUGGCCAGCUGCAGAGUAUCUUGACGAGAAUAAUGCAAAAUUAUCGCAGCAUCGAGUUACUGCUAAUACAGCCGCAUUUUCUGCCUUACUUGGAUCUGUUCCACAAGGAGUCGGUACGCGUGGAGGUUUGCAAAUCCAUACUAAGUUAUUACCGACAGAACAGCGAGGAACAAACCUGCGAUGCUGUCGUUACCAAUGCGCUUAUGUAUCUGGGCAAGAUACUUAACGACGCCGUCAACGCACUCACUGUGGAGGAUGAACGUCGUCAGAUUUCGCAGCUCAUUAACGGCUUCAUAAACAAAGUCCACUUUGGCAGGGAUCUGGAGCAACAGCUAAGUUUUUAUGUGGAGGCACGUGGCACAUUUAGCAAUUUGGAUGCUGUCUACAUAACUUUAGUGCAUGCCGCCUGUAAGCUGACAAUGCGCUCAUCCAAUCGACAACUGAGCAAAUCUUUGGGUUUUAUAAAAGCCUGCAUCGCCUACUGUUUCAUAACCAUUCCAAGCAUAACAGCUGUCCAGCAGAAAAUGGACUUGUAUCUGCUGUGUGGUCAACUGGCACUGCGGCAUCUCUGCCUAGGACAAGCUGAUGCCUGCUUUGAAGCUGCAUUACAACUUGUUAACGAACUGCCCACCGUCAGUGUUGACUUUGAGGGGAAACCACGCUGCCUAGAGCGCUAUCUGGUCGCUUACUUGUGCAAUGUGCUGGCCACAUUGAUUGUUGUGCCAGACAGUCCAGAACAGGGCGUGUUAUACUUUCUGCGCUUGCUGCUGGAUAUUGUAGGCAGGCGAUCCUUUAAGGCGAACAGUACAGCGCCAGCUAUUAUCUAUCUGCAUGCUUUGGACAUGCUAUAUGUCCAAAGUCUGGAACAGUUCCCCUAUCACAUCGACGGCGUGGUUUCCAAUGAUGCACUUUAUGGUCAUGAUCCCAAGUUCCUGGUGGAGGUGAACAAUUUGUGUGGUCAGGUUGUGGAUGCCAUUCUGCUUCAGCUGAAGUCUCUCGGCGCGGCCCAGCAGCAACGUGCUCAAGCUCAGCUUUCCAUGGAAUUAUUUAUGCGCAUUGUGCGCUAUGCGGAUCUGGAAAAAGAGCCGCUCUGUCAAUUGGCUGUGAAGCUAUGGCUGUUGGCCAACAAGGCGCAGGCUGAACUCGAUACCGAGACAAUUCCACAAACGCUGUGCAGCGUGGAGCAUUUUUACAAAUUGGUUAAGGAUGCAUCACCAUCGCGUGCUAAGACGAUUGCGAAGUUGUUGUUGCGAAUGCGUGACAGUUGAAACUGAGAUAUAUUCACAAUACCUAUAUAUAUAUAUAAAUAUACAUACUCUUAUUUUGUGCAUAAGUUGUAGACAAUCAAGCGGAAAUUGUUGCUUGAUUACCAUCAGAUUAGUUGAAUUCGUUGUGCAAUCAAAUGGCUGAAUUAAGACUUAAAUAUUUAUAUACAAAAUAAUCUUAUGACUUGGUAAACAAAAUAUAUAAAUUAAAUAACAUAAAA